UUUCAGAAAAAUGAAAUACGUUCAUCUCUGUUUAACCAGCUGUGCGCCGCUGCUGCUGCUGCUUCUGCAGCUGCUCGCCUUCAACUGCGGCUCUUCUACUGCGCUGCCGCUGCCGCUGCCGCUGGGCAACGAAAAAAACGCACAAUGCGCGCAACUCUUCAAGAGCCUCCUUCUGAAUGUCACAGAGCUUCUCAAAAGCGAAGAUUUGUGCUAUGGCCUGAUGAAAUCCACUGAAGUGACACUGAGGAGCGCUGAAACGGUGCAGGCCUGUGUACCUUCUGACGCUCAGAACUCUGGUUGCGUGAUGCUGAUAAAUUCAUCCUUCAAUGAGAGUAAGUGUCUGAUGAGCAUCAUGAAGGAUUUGGCCUAUUAUGAUGCUGCUAUUGAGACCUACCUGGAGUCCCCACUAUAUAGGCCAGAGAAGGAAGUUCCGCUCCUGAGUCCAACUCUGAGCAUCAUUCAAAACUUGAGAAAGAACUGUUCUACUAUUGUGGAAGAAGGACAAGACUCCUCUAAGGAAGCAGCCAAUUUAUGGAAAAAUGACUCAUACGUAAACCGGCAGAAGAUGUGUAAGAUGAUGAGAGGCUUCCAUGUUCGUGCCAUCACUAUCAAUCGAGCCAUGGGCUACAUCUCCUCUGGGGAGCACAGGAAGUAAAACAAAAAAAACCUGAAGAUUCAACAACAUCACCAUCAAUUCUGACAAUA